AUGAGCGUCCGAACACGAAGACAAAAGGCCGCCGUGGCUGCCGUUGACGAGCAGCCAGCAACAACAAAUGGUGUUGCCCACACCACUACCUCCACGCCGAAGAAGGCCGAGAAAGAGCCACAGGAAAACAUCUUUUUAUUCUGGCCGAACCUCGUCGGCUAUGCUCGAGUCGUUUUGGCUAUAGCUUCACUCUACUACAUGCCCCUCCACCCACGAACGUGCUCAUUCCUAUACAGUAUCUCAUGUCUGCUGGAUGCGCUGGACGGCUACCUCGCGCGAUUAUUCCAGCAAUCCACCACAUUCGGCAGUGUACUAGACAUGGUCACGGAUCGUUGCACAACUGCAUGCCUGUUGGUCUUUUUGGCCUCCGCAUGGCCCCGGUACUCCAUCAUCUUCCAGGGUUUGAUCAGCUUGGAUCUUGCCAGCCACUAUAUGCACAUGUAUGCUACCUUGAGCAUGGGCGGCGCUGGAAAGAGCCACAAGGCUGUGGACUCUAGCCGUAGCUGGAUCUUGCACAAAUACUACACAAGCAGGCCUGUGCUGUUCAUCUUUUGCGCCCUAAAUGAGUUGUUCUUCAUUGGUUUGUACUUGCUUUCAUUCUCAUCGCCGAAAUUGUCUCCUUCUCUGUUGCAGCCUCCUCCACACGCCGACUCCAUGACUGGCCAACCCGGCAACCCAGCUCAUGCACUACCUGGAAGUAUGUUUGCCAGCCCCUGGAGCGCUGGAGCUCUUGAAUUGGCCCGUGCAAACAAGAUCGACAGCACAGUGCCAUGGAUUAUCACCGGUGUCUCUUUCCCUAUCAUGGCGAUUAAGCAGUUCAUCAAUGUUGUGCAGCUCGUCAAGGCCAGCAAUUGGCUGGCCGAGGGAGAUCUUGCCAAACGCCGAGCUGACCGGGCUGCGGGCAAAUUGGCAUAG